CCUAGUUGGCAAUAUAUAAACGUUUCAUAUAUAUUCUUAGAUCCAUGACCGCGGCUGAUAUUUAUUUAUAAUCGCAGGGGCCGCUCUUGCUCGACUUCAACAUGGGCGUUUCUUUUGUCGUCUGCAAUGUAUAGAAUGAGCACUGAGCCGAAAAUGACCCAAAAUUGUGGAUAUUCGUAGUCGAGUGUUAUUAUUAAAUCCGCCCAAAAUCAAUGCACGGACAAGCUGCCAUUAGGAACACAAGAAUACGUUAUUCAUGCUGACGGAUGUAUUAUACUUCCGAUCGCUACUUUGCAAUCUUUUCUUCACUGACACUUGGAAAUUCGAAUGCCGUCGUGAAAUCAAUGAGGAAUUUUACCGAUUAAAUUGGAAGGUUAUGCAGCAUACUCGAAGGAAAAUAAAGACAUUAAGAUCUUUUUAUGUGCUAGUUAUUUGCUACAAGCGAGAGAGAGAAAGAGAGAGGGAGAGAGAAAAAAAAUAAUCGUGGAUAAUGGCAAUGAUGCAUUGCUUCAAUGCGUUUGACAAGCAUUGAGAAACUAAAGUACAAGGUCCCUGUUCCAAAUCAGCUGAUCAGCAGAGAGGCUAUAUGAGGUUUAAUUAAGCUUUAAUGAAUAUGAAUAUUUAUUAAAUACCUACGUUGAAGAUAUUUGUCAACCGACAGUUUAUUUGCGUCAGACAAUUGUGUGUAAUCAUAAGAUAAGUUCUCACAAGGAAAAACAACAGCUGAAAAAUGUCAGCGAAUAAUUUAGCAACAGUAAAUACAUCCAGAGGCAGUAGUUUCCAGAGUCGAAAUUCACAAAGGUCUAUCCUUCUGAAAGUAGUGAUUCUUGGAGAUGGUGGUGUCGGAAAGUCCUGUCUCAUGAACAGGUUCGUGUCGAAUCACUUUGAUGAGCACAGUUUUCACACUAUCGGAGUAGAAUUCUUGAAUAAAGAUAUUGAAAUCAAUGGUGAAGCAUAUACUUUACAAAUAUGGGACACUGCCGGGCAGGAGAGGUUUAAGACUCUCAGAACACCGUUCUAUAGAGGUUCGGACAUUUGUCUCUUGACCUAUGCAAUAGAUGAUAGAACGAGUUUUAGGAAUCUAGCGCUAUGGAGAUCUGAAUUUCUUAAGUAUGCAGAUGUUCAAGAAGGCUCCACAUUUCCAUUUAUUGUUGUUGGCAAUAAAGUGGAUGUGCCUGAAUCUGAGAGACAAGUUUCUACAGAAGAAGCUCAAGCAUGGUGUUUAGAAAAUGGCAGUCCCCCGUUAGUUGAAACAUCAGCAAAAGAUGCCACUAAUGUUGAGGCAGCAUUUGGAGCAGCGGUUGACGCAUGGGCACGAUUAGAAGCUAAAUUAGAGCGGCCUUUAGUGGAAGAUACUGUUGAUCUUUCUAAGCAACAGUCUCCGCAUCGUUCGAGCUGUUGUAUGCCUGUGUCCAGCGCUGAGUAGGUCACGGCUUGUGAUUUUAAUCAUUUUUCUUUUUAUAGUUCGAUGAAGUUAUGCAUGAUGCCUUUUUCUUAAGAUCUAUAUUUGUGGUAAGAUAAUUGAAAUAAGUGAUAAGAAAAUGGUCAUGAUAUACAGUCUUUAUCUGAUGCAAACCAACUCUGAAACAAUUGUUUAAAGUUUCUUUAUGUUUGCAAGAAAUAGAAAACAUCGAAAAUUGAAACUGAUAGAGACAGUGUUUAUUCUAUUCAGGAUCUAUAUGGACAUUGCGCAAAUGUAAGAAAUUAUUUUUCUUUAUUGGGCCUUAUCUUUUCACAUAUUUGUAAAAAGAUGCGUGAUUUGUGAAAAUCACUUUAUUCAUGAAAGUCCAUAGAGUUGAAAUAUGUGCUUAUUGCGUAAAGUUAGAAGUUUUUAGUGAAUAAAAUAUUUUUUUUUUGUUUCACACGAGAUAAAUAUAUUUUUGCAAAUACUUGAGAUGUGGAUUUUUCACACUUGGCGUACUCUGUUUCUAGGUCUAACAAAGUAAUUUGAAGAGAAUCUCUUGUGUGUCUACAAUAUCUCUCUUCAUUAUACGAUGAACUUUCUUUAUUGACGCUAGAAUUUCGUCGGUUGUGUAAAUGGAAUAUGUUGUUACAAUUUUUCGACAUUUUAAGUCACAGUUGAGAUUUCUAAAGAAUGAAUGGACAGGAUAUUAUUUAAUGAGUGAUGACUUUACUGGUUGACUUAUAUUCUCUUCUUUUCGUGAAUCUUAACAAAAUACUCAAAUAAAGCCACAGAAAUUGUAUAUGAGACAAAUAAUUAUAUUGUUGUGGUUGAUAUUUCCAGAAUACAAUUUUAAAAUAUAAGAUCAAGUUGAACGUCCUAUUCUAUCAACGCUUUGUGCAGCUCUUGAGCUACUGACAGUAUUUUAAGUAUUUCACACAAUUGGCUUGUGAUAAAAUAAUAAUAAUAAUACAAUGAUAAUAAUAAUAAAUAAUUAUAAUCAUGAAUUGAAUAAGAAAUAGGUAUAAAUUCUAAUUUUAGCUGUGUAAUAUCUAAAUUUGCCUUAUCCUUGCGACACAUGUUUAAAAUAAUAGUAAAGCGACAUGAUUUUUUUAAGUCAAGUCUUGCUAUGGAUAUAUAUAUUCAUAUAUAUCAUAUUUAUAUGUGAAUUUGACGCUUAUAUAAAGUAUGGCAUAUGCUUUUCUGUUCUUAGAACAUUCUAUCCAAUGUCUAACAAUUUUCCGGCAAAAUUAACCACAAGUGCCAAGAAGACGCUAUCGCACACGUUUCUCCUGUUUCAUGUCGAGUGCUAGUGAGCAUCCAUAUUAGGUCCUGACCAAAAUUAAAUUGAUUUCUCAGUUAUAUGAGAAAUGGAGAAUAUACUAAACAGUACAACUAUGCUCAAGAACUUAGUCUCAAAUGUUAAAUUAAAUAGAUGAGACAAAAAACGAAAUGCAGUUUUCGACGUAAACAGGAGAAACAUGAUCGCGCUGCUUGGCACUUUUUGCACACAUUUUUGCAACCGUCUUCGGCACUCAAAGUUAAUAAUAUUACGCAAAUGAAGCUUUUUAUACGAUCACAGAUGCGUACGACGUGUUCCUACAGCCGUGUAUCUCGAAAGAGAUAUUUGAUUCUUUAGAAAUGCCUCGUAUACAGCAUAAAGGAAUAUUCAAUGUUGUUGCAACUGAACAGAAAAUGAUUUUUCAACGAGAUUCGGAUUAAUUUGUGUGCAUGCUGGUGCUUUUUAUAUAUAGCUCUAUGUGAAGCAUAUAAAUUUAUAAUGAAAUAUAGCAUUAAUUAAGAUGUUAAGGGCGUAAAACUAAUCAUAUCAAAGUGAUAAAUUCACCUCAUAAUUACCAUACAUAGACGCAUCAUUCUUACGCCGUCUCCAUAUGAAAUCUACAAAUUAUUUUUAAAAGAACUAUUGCACAUAUAUGUCUUAUUUGUGAAAAAAUGCGCAUACUGAUUGUUAUUUAUUAUUUUUAUAUACUUAGUAGACUCACGGCUACACUUACUCGUAUGUACAUGAUCUAUGUAUAUCUGUGUAUGCCUUAAAAUUUUAUAAUUCUGGGGAUCGAUUUUGCAAGGAAAAAUAAACUUACACUGCUUGUUUAAGAAGCGUUCUUCGAUUACUAUUUGUCAAAUAAAAAUUCUCGCAAAAACAAGAACUGAGAACGAGAAUUUAUAACGCGAGAAUUAUUAGGGAGAAGAUAAAAUCUUUUAAAUUCCUUUCCCUUUUUUUAUUUUAUUCGAAAUAAUAUUUUCUGAUAUUUACAUACAGUAAUAUAUAUGACAAUUUUUAAUAAUGGUUCAAUUUGUAACGAUAUUUUAUAAUUUGUUUUUUUACACUAGUUCAAGAUAAUGUAGCAGCGCCUUUUCCCAAGUAUAAAAAAAAAAAGUUACUGAUAAACGUUUUUACACAAGCAUAAUGUAAUAAAAACAAAUAUUAAUAUACAAUUGAGAAAAAGUGCUCCUUUGCGGCAACGAGUCUCACAUGAAUAUCUUAACAA